UGCUGAGGGCGUAUAAAUAGUCCUCCUGCUGCCCUUUUUUCCCCUCCUCCUCUUCUUCCUCUCAUCUCUGUUCCCACGCACACACAUUUCACAAAAGAACACUCCUCUUUGCUCUCUCCCCUUUCUGCUCCUCACUCCUCACACAAUGGCUUCCUUGGCCCCCCUCAGAUCCUCCAAACCCACGGCCGCCCCCCUCAGAUCCAUCCUCCUCCGCCACUGCCGCCCCCUCGCCCCCUCGCCCUGCGUCCCCUGCUCCCUCGUCGCCCCCGCAGCCACCAUCCGCUACCGCCAACUCCAGUCCUCGGGCCAGACCCGCGCCUUCUCCCUCUUCGGCAAGGCCAAGGCCGACUCCUCCAUGAUCCCCAAAGCCGUCCAGAACGACAUCCCUGACUCGCUCCGCCACCUGCACCAUCCGGAGCCCAUGCGCGACGAAUUCAAGGGCCAGAAGAAACUGACCACCGAAGACCUCGAGGCCAUCCCCAUCGACCUUCAGUUCCAUCGCGAGCCAUCCGGCGCUUCCGACUGGGUCGCUUACCAGGUCGUCAAGAGCCUCAGGAUCCCCGUCGAUCUGUUCUUCAGAACAAAGUACAUCCAUCGCGUCGUCGCCCUCGAGACCGUCGCUGCCGUUCCCGGAAUGGUCGCAGGAAUGCUUCGCCACCUGCGCUCGCUCAGGAAAUGCUCUCACGACGGCGGCUGGAUCUCGCAUCUGCUGCACGAGGCCGAGAACGAGCGCAUGCACCUCCUCACCUGGAUGAAGGUCGCUCAGCCAACCCUCUUCGAGCGUGCCUUGGUCACCGCCGUCCAGGGCGUCUUCUUCAACGUCUUCUUUGCCCUCUACAUGGUCUCUGACCGCACCGCCCAUCGUGUCGUCGGCUACUUGGAGGAGCAGGCCGUGAUUUCCUACACACAUAUGCUUGACGAGAUCAAGACUGGCGUCCUCGAGAACGGUCCCGCUCCCAAGAUCGCGAUCGACUACUGGAACCUGGCCGACAACGCCACCAUUCGCGACGUCUGUCUCGCCAUCCGUCUGGACGAGGCCGUUCACAUGCACACGAACCACCAUCUCAGCGACCGCAUUGCCCUCAAACAAGAGGACCUCCGCGUCGACAUCCAGAAACUACAGGAAGAGCAUGGUAUGGUCCCCAACCAUAACGCAGAAGAAGUAUGGACCAAAAAGGGCAAGUACUAAGCUUGCACACCCAUCCAUGCACCCGCACCUGCACCUGCACUUCAAUCAAAAAGUAAUGAUGUACUCUACAUACGCACUUUGCAAAUCUCUUUCGGAAAGACGAUCGCAUGUAUUUCAUAUCCAAAAAUUAUUUAGUAAACCAUUCAACAAAGGAAUAAAUAACUUUAGUCGCAUUUGACCAUCGGAUCUCUAUUGCCGUUAACAUUAACGUUGCAUCAACCUGCUUUGCUGUCCAUUCAUAAAAG